AGUCCUGGGCUGGUAGAAGAGAAGAAAACAAGAGAAACAGACAUUAACCACAAUUAUCAUUUGCAGCUCUCUUCUCCUUUAACCUCCAUGCUUACUGCUACUUUAACAUUACAGCAUUUUUAAGUCCUGACAGUCUCUCCAGUUUUCUCCCUUCCUUAGUUCACUAAUUCCUUUAUUUUUUCCCCACCUCAUGCAUUCCCUGGUCUCUUUCUCAGGAUUCCAAGAGCUUUAAAUAACUGUUCUGUUUUUUUUUUUUCUAUUUCCUGUCUUUCCAUCACUGCUUGCACCAUGACAACAGCAGAGGAAGCUCAUGAGGAAGAGGAGAAGCCCAGAAUAAAACUAACUGCUCCUAAAAUACCAGAGGGUGAGAAAGUAGAUUUUGAUGACAUCCAAAAGAAAAGGCAGAACAAAGACCUGAUUGAACUGCAGGCCUUGAUUGACAGCCACUUUGAAGCCAGAAGAAAGGAAGAGGAAGAACUGGUUGCCCUCAAGGAGAGGAUUGAGAAGCGCAGAGCUGAAAGAGCAGAGCAGCAGAGAAUCCGGGCUGAGAAGGAGAAGGAGCGUCAGGCAAGGCUUGCGGAGGAAAAGGCACGGAGAGAGGAAGAAGAUGCCAAGAGAAAAGCUGAGGAUGAUCUGAAGAAGAAGAAGGCUCUGUCCUCCAUGGGUGCAACAUACAGCAGUUAUCUGGCUAAGGCUGACCAGAAGAGAGGAAAGAAGCAAACAGCUAGAGAGACGAAGAAGAAGGUCCUGGCAGAGAGGCGCAAGCCCCUGAACAUUGACCACCUUAAUGAAGACAAGCUGAGGGACAAAGCUAAGGAGCUGUGGGACUGGUUAUAUCAGCUGGAGACUGAAAAGUAUGACUUUACAGAGCAGAUUAAGAGGAAAAAAUAUGAGAUUGUCACCCUCAGAAACCGGAUUGAUCAGGCCCAGAAGCACAGCAAGAAGGCAGGAGCCAAGGGCAAGGUUGGUGGGCGCUGGAAGUAAAGAACCAGGCAGGAAGGCCUUUGGUGGUGUGCUGAACCCCUGCUGGUCUCCUCCUCCUUCCUUCACUGAUCACUUGUGUUCUCAAGCCUCUACGAUAACAAAAAUCGCAUCAGCCUGGAUUGGCUAUUGCUGCUGCUUUUCUUCCUGGAGGGGUCUGGUGGCUUCCUCAGGCAAGGGGAAGCAGGUUCCCUGUGGAACUGGGAUGACUCCUUGCUGGCAUCUUCAAGUCCUGCUGAGCAUGUCCCUUAUCCUCCUAAUACCAGCCCUAUGCUGUCCUGUAGAUUGCUGUGUACAAAUCUCAGGAUGUUGUAAAUAAAGCACAACCAGUACCUACUCCAA